CCCCGCCCCUUAGUGCGCGCACUGGGCCUCGUUGCGGCUCCGGGCCACGGCUGAUCAGCGAUUCUCCCGGGUCCCCGCCCCAGCAUCCUCUUCUCCUUCUGGAGCGAGAAAGCAACCCCUCUCUGUCCCUUCCCUUCCCCGCAAGCCCCCAGGCGGGACCGAUCGGAGGCUCUCGGAGCCCCAGCUUGGGACUCGCGACCUUCUCUCGGGACAGGGCAGGGAAGGGACGUGAGAUGGAGCGGGGAUGACCUCGGGAGGGAAGGAUAUUUGCCCAACGGACGCAGCUGCAAAUCGGUAGCUGGAGGCCUCCACGGAUAAAGGUUCACUGAUGGCUCAGUUGGGAGCAGUUGUGGCUGUGGCUGCCAGUUUCUUUUGUGCAUCUCUCUUCUCAGCUGUGCACAAGAUAGAAGAGGGACAUAUUGGGGUAUAUUACAGAGGUGGUGCCCUGCUGACUUCCACCAGCGGCCCUGGUUUCCAUCUCAUGCUUCCUUUCAUCACAUCAUAUAAGUCUGUGCAGACAACACUGCAAACAGAUGAGGUGAAGAAUGUACCUUGUGGAACCAGUGGUGGUGUGAUGAUCUACUUUGACAGAAUUGAAGUGGUGAACUUCCUGGUCCCAAACGCAGUGUAUGACAUAGUGAAGAACUACACCGCCGACUACGACAAAGCCCUCAUCUUCAACAAGAUUCACCAUGAACUGAACCAGUUCUGCAGUGUGCACACGCUGCAGGAGGUCUACAUAGAGCUCUUCGAUCAGAUUGAUGAAAAUCUCAAACUGGCUUUGCAACAGGACCUGACCUCCAUGGCCCCUGGGCUUGUCAUCCAAGCUGUGCGGGUGACUAAGCCGAACAUACCUGAGACAAUCCGCAGAAAUUAUGAGUUGAUGGAAAGUGAGAAGACAAAGCUUCUCAUUGCAGCCCAGAAACAGAAAGUGGUGGAGAAGGAAGCUGAGACAGAGCGGAAGAAGGCCCUCAUUGAGGCAGAAAAAGUGGCUCAGGUUGCAGAAAUCACCUAUGGACAGAAGGUGAUGGAAAAGGAAACUGAGAAGAAGAUUUCAGAAAUUGAAGAUGCUGCGUUUCUGGCCCGAGAGAAGGCAAAGGCCGAUGCUGAGUGCUACACUGCUAUGAAAAUGGCCGAAGCAAAUAAGCUGAAGCUGACCCCUGAAUAUCUGCAGCUGAUGAAGUACAAGGCCAUUGCUUCCAACAGCAAGAUUUACUUUGGCAAAGACAUCCCUAACAUGUUCAUGGACUCGGCAGGCAAUCUGGGCAAGCAGUUUGACGGGCUAGCUGACAAGCUGAGUUUUGGCUUAGAAGAUGCGCCCUUGGAGGCAGACACUGAGGAGAACUGAAAAAAAUUUUAUACAACCUCAGAUGACAUUUAAAGAGAUCUUUAUUUUUUAAUGAUGAACCAAGAUCCCCUCCCUUCUACACUACCUUCUUUGACUGUCUUCCACGUACUAUGGUGAACCAAGAAGAAAUGGACUUAAAUUUAUUCCCAUGGGAAGGGAGGGCAGGGAUUGAUGAUUUGGGGUUUUAUUCAGGUAAGUAGGUUAUAUGACUUGUGUUAAGAUUUGUAAACCAUGUGUUUGACCUUUGACGUCCAGGCACUAAUUUUAGAGCUUUGGAGCUGGCUUAAUUAGGUUUGCUAUCAUUAAGGAGUGGGAGAAAUAGAGGAUGUUGCCUGUAGGUGAUUUGAUUUCCCUUAUUUGGGAAAACGCAGUCCAGUUUUCUUGCCCCUGCCUCUGAGGUGGGAGAUGUCUGUGGGUGAGGCUCACAACUGAGCAAAUACGUGCUUGUAAGUUUGCCAGGAGAGCCGUGGGGAAACAGCUGCAGAAUGUUUGGCUUUCCCGGCGUUUUUGUCAGUGCAUACAUGAGUUAUUUUAGAGGCCUGCUUCUUGAGCCCUCGUAAGGAAGAACUGGUGCUAGGUCUUGCAAGCUUUUCUACCCUCCUUCCCCUGGGGCUUAAAGUGGUGGUUCUGACUGCAUUGCCAGAGUCAGGGUUUGGUCACCACCACACAAUUCUUUUUAAAUUUUUUCACCUAUUCUGUGAUUUGGUUGUUUUUUGUUUUUUGUUUCCUCUCCAUCUGUUCGUUGGUUCCAGUCAGCAUCAAGAAGACAGGAACAAACAACUCAAGUGUCUUAAAUAGCUGCUGAAGUGGGAUCAUUAUGUCUGUUAGCCACUCCAGUACCUGUUUGUUCCUUGAGAUCACGUGUCUUUUUAUUGUGGAGAUUCUACAUUGAAGAGCUCCUCUGGAAGAGAAAGGAAGGUCAUCCAAAAGAUUUCCUAAUCUUCAUGCCUAUGGCUUGUGCUGGAAAUCUGUCUGUCAGUCAGAGAAGGGAGCCCCUUCUCUAAGUAGCACGUGUUUUUAAAUCCAGGGCUCCAGGCAGUGACACAGGAGUCAGACUACGUGUUCAGUCUUCAGAGACAGCUGUUUCUGAGUUUAUGACCACGUCCCUGGUUUGGAACAGCUGCAUUAAAUUCUGUCCAGGUUUUCUUUUUCAUUACUAAUUAGGAAAAGUUUGAGUCACUCUGGGAGAUUUGGGAUAGGGGAGACCAAACACGAAAGAAAGAUCUUCUUAUAUCCUGGAAUUGAAGGUGAGGGUGGGGGAUCCAGCCUGUACAGCCCAUGUUACCAUAGCUGUGUACCGGAUUGUGAAGUGGAAGGCAGCCGUCUGGAGUGAACUUG